CUGAAGCAAUUCAAAGAUAAACUCCCGUCUUCCUCACUCCUCACUCAACUCAGUCCAAUUCUGGUGACUUCAUCAUCACCGUCAUUCUCGCAUUCUCGGUUGAUUUUCUUGUCGCCGCUUAAGAUGCAGUCUGGAAUGAACGGAUCAAAUUCAAAUAAUCCAGAUGCUACUGGAAGAGCUUUUCCAUCCCAGACUGGUUCUGGAAACAUGCAAGGGCUCCAUGGGAUCCAUGGGAACUUUAACAUCUCCAACAUGGGUGGUACAUUUGGAUCAAGAAAUUCAGCAAUGCUUUCUGGACCACCAGGUGGCGUUCAGCAAGUUUCAGGCAGUGGGUCUAGUGGGCGAUUCACAAUAAAUAAUCUCCCGGCUGCACUUUCUCAGCUCUCUCUUGCGAGCUCACAUGGGCAUCCAGGUGUAACAAACAAUGGAGGUUCAGGGGCAUUACCAAAUCUAGGAAAUUCAGGCCGUGUGGCAAACCCUAUGGCUAAUUAUGUUAGUGGGGGCAAUAUUGCCAGGGGUUUAGGCUCUGGAGGAGGAUCGAACUUGGCUGUUGUUGCUUCUCGCUUAAAUUUGACAGACCCACAGGUGGUAUCUAUGCUAGGCAAUUCUUAUCCUGCUUCUGGUGUGCCGCUUUCCCAUAACCAUUUCCCUGCUGGGAAUGGUCCUUAUACUUCUUUGUUGCUAAAUGAUUUGAAUGCUCAUGAGGAUACCACUUUUGAUAUGAAUGACUUCCCCCAGCUUGCGGGACGUCCAUCUUCCACUGGUGGUUCUCAGGGACAGAUAGGUUUUCUUCGAAAGCAAAAUGUUGGGUUCAGUCAACAAAAUCAAGAGUUCAGCAUUCAGAAUGAAGAUUUUCCUGCUCUGCCGGGAUAUAAAGGUGGCAAUGUUGAGUUCCCCAUGAACAUUCAUCAAAAAGAACAGAUCCACAAUAUGUCGUCUAUGAUGCAUCCCCAAAAUAUGCCCCUGGGAAGGUCAGCAGGUGUAAACUUUGGAGGAGCAAGCUCAUCGCAUUAUCAGCAAGCACAGCAACAUGCUUCUUCAACCAAUGGCUCUGGGCUGUCUUUUCUACCUUCCAAGUAUCAGAAUUAUCAGGACAUCCACUUCCAUGACCCUGAGGCUCGAAGUGUCGGACAGCCUGCCUCUGGAUCGGGCCCUACAAAUUUGUCCAACUCAGUUCCUGGUAUGGCGCCAUAUGAACAACUUACUCAGCAGUAUCAACAAUUCCAAAAGCACUCCAAUUUUCGCAUGGGCACUCCAUAUAGAGAUCAGGAUUUUAAAACGCAGGCAACAUCAGCUCCUGCUGAUAAAUUUGGAAUGCUUGGUUUGUUGAACAUCAUAAAGAUGGUUGACCCUCCCUUGACGUCACUUGCUCUGGGAACUGACCUAACCACUCUUGGUUUAAAUUUGAACUCAUCAGAGAGUAUUCACAAAAAGUUUGCAUCUCCAUGGUCUGAAGAGCCUGCCAAAGGAGAGCCUGAGUACAGCAUCCCAACAUGUUAUUACGCUGAGCAACUUCUGGCACUGAAACAAAGUUGUUUUUCAAAAUUCCGGCCAGAGACGUUGUUUUAUAUUUUCUACAGCAUGCCAAAAGAUGAGGCACAACUUUAUGCUGCAAAUGAGCUAUACAACAGAGGAUGGUUGUACCAUAGAGAGCUUCGUUUGUGGCUUGCAAGGACAAAAAAUAUGGAGCCUCUUGUUAAGACGCCCACUUAUGAGAGAGGGAGCUACUUUUCUUUUGAUCCUAAUACGUGGGAGACAGUGAGAAAGGAUAACUUUGUUUUGCAGUACGACAUGAUUGAGAGAAGACCAGUGAUUUCCCAGCAGUAGCUCAGAUGUUUCUCAACAUCUUUUGUUGUUUAUCAACUUUUAUUUUUUGUUAAAGGAAAAAAAAAAGAAGGGAAUUGCAUGAUCUGAGUGAUUUGUCUCAGUGAAUAGAUACUCUUGUUCAAGGGGCAUUUUGCUGAAUUUUUUGUAGUCUAGUUUACAAACAAUCUCAUACCAGUUCUCUAUACAAGGCCGAUGUGGUUUGCUAGGCCUUAUGAAGCUGCCA